AUGAGCGCCGAAGGCAUUUUUCCGGAUGUGGUUGGGCUCUCGUAUCGAUGCGGAUCCAAUCAGGGGACCGUAACCGACCAUUUCACGUAUUGUUAUGAGCCGGGAGCUGAGGUUACGUUUUCUAUUGGAGAUCUCAUACUUGGAAAGACGGUUGGCAAGCCCUUGCUCUCCAUACUAGAUCUUGUCUCCGUUGAAGUCUCCACAUUUGAUCCCAAGGUGAUAAACCGCGCGAGAUUGCUAUUCAGCCUUUCCUCAGCUCAGGGAUUUGAAGCUCCAAUCAUCAUUGACAAACAUAUUCAAGAUGUCGUUAGCAAAUACGCCUUCAAGAUCAACCUAGAUUCUCUCAAUGUUUCCGAUCUAGAUGACGCUCUCUCUUCCAUCCAUAGUGAACUCGGAAUUCCGCCCAAGACAGUGUCACAUACGCGGAAUCACCUACGAAGGGCUGCAGCCGGCUUCAAGGUGAUGCGAGACCUGCACAUCCCGACUCAAGAUGGAGGCUCUAUACUUGGCGAUGUUUAUUUACCCGUUGAACAUGGAAAAAGAUACCCUGUUUUGAUCAGUUGUACGAUUUACGGAAGGCGAGUCUUCUACUCUGGUCCGGACUUGGAUGACACAGAUGACAUCGCUGCCUUUGAGAAAGCCGAAGAUGAUUGGCAUUCAACCUCUGGAAGCGUUCCUAUUCGAGUACCAAGAGGUUCAUGGGGAACUUCAUGGGAGACGCAGAGAGGAUUUGAGAACAUUGCAACAUUCAACACAUUCACUUACGUGCCCCGUGGCUAUGCCAUGGUGAAGAUAGAUCCUAGGGGCGUGUCCCAGACUGCAGGUAAAAGAGGCGUCCCUGGAGAGUUAACGAGUGAUUUCUAUGAUGCUGUUGAGUGGGCUGCAGAACAAAGUUGGAGUAAUGGGAACAUUGCCCUUGUUGGAAGCUCCUACGGAGCGAAUGUCCAAUGGAAUGUGGCGAGCUUGAGACCCAGGGGGUUAAAGUGUUUUGUACCUUAUGCAUCUGAUAUUGAUACAUAUCGCGAUGCGGCUUAUAUUGGAGGUAUUCCAGGAUCGCGCUAUUUAUCUGACUGGUAUCGCCGAGUUAAACUGUGUUCCCCGAAGUGGACCGAUCAUAUGGACCUGUUAAGCAUGAUGAAGGCGCAUCCCUUCUAUGAUGCCCUUUGGAGCGCGGUGAAUUCAAGUUUGGGACCAAUAGACAUGCCUUGUUUUCUAGCUGCUUCUCAGAUAUUUAUGAUCCAUGGUCGAGGUGCAUAUGAGGCCUGGAAAACCCGUAAUCCUGACAAUACGCAUCUACAGCUCGUUGAUUGCGAUUAUUAUUCAUGGCCGAGUCGUGAAUCCUCCGGGAAGAUAUUACAGUUCCUUGACCAUUACCUUAGAGGAAAUGAAUACCCGAUCCCGGAAACGGUUGGCAUUCAAAUACGGCUGGGGAAUGGAGAGUGGUAUUGGCGAAAAGAAAAGAAUUGGCCUGUACCUGGUACUUGUUACACCAAAUGGCACCUUCGAGCCGAUGGAAGCCUAUCCACAGACGAAGCAAACAACACAGAAAAGUGCUUUUCCUACGCCGCCAGUGUCCCACAAAAUGGCAAGUCGGGAGAAAGCUUUCACUCCCUUCCAUUCGAGAAUGACAUUGAACUUGCUGGUCAUUUCAAAGCAGUCCUCAGCAUCUCCUCGAGUGUGGCAGACGCAGAUAUAGUGGUCAUGUUAUGGGCGGUGAACGAAGAGGGAAAGAUCGUACCAUAUAGCUCCAAGGGAGAACCCGAGCCUCUAGCCAAAGGAUUUCUUCGCGCAAGCCAUCGGCAGACUGAUCCUUCAAAAAGCACCCCUGAGAGACCAUGGCACACACAUAUCCAGGAGGAUAAUGCACCACUGAAGACAGGCGAAGUGGUCCAGGUUGAAGUUGAAGUCUUCCCGGCUGCAGCAAGGAUUCGAAAGGGAUGGAGACUUCGCGUGGAUAUCUGUCCCUCAGAACAUCAGCCUGAUAUUCCUGGAUACAACCCUCUUGAGAUGAGAGAGUGGUACGGCGAGGUAAAUGAUGGCGGAGUUAAUGCAAUCCACGUCGGGGGUAAUCGACCGAACUACAUAGUGUGCCCCGUCGUGCCGCUUCAGGAAGGCUACCGCAAUUUAGUCCAGUAA